AAAACCCUUCCUAUGGCAAAGCACGAACGGCAUCCAGAGCUGUACUAUCCCACUGGAGAUGUCAUACUCAGUGCUCCUCUCCCACCGUCUGCUGAGAGCAGCGAGCGUCGACUUCAGGUGUACCGGGUGCACAAAGCCUACCUAGGUGUUCAAUCUAUCUUCUUCUGCAACUUGUUCGCCGAUGCCUCAGCUGGGGGUGGCCCGACCUAUGACGACCUGCCGAUGUUGGAGAUGCCGGAUAAGGCGGACGAUCUAUCGGGUCUCCUUGACUGCAUCUACAACCCACACCAUUAUCUUUCCCGGCGUUCGCGUUACAAGACCGCCUUCGAUCUUGUCGGCAUCGCUCGCCUUGCGGACAAGUAUCUGCUCGAUGGCCUCCGCGCAGGGCUCGUUCAGAGGGUCGCCGAAGAAUGGCCAAAGAGCCUGACAGAAUGGAACGUUCGCGACGGGGAGCUCGAAAUACUGGACACUGCGAUCAUGACAGCGUGCGGGACGCCAGAAGAAAGCGAGUCUCUCAUGGACCGUAUCCCCGAUCCUGCGUCUGCGAUCAUGUUCGCCGAGGAGUUCGGGUGUCGUGAAAUCCUCCCCGCCGCGUUCUGUUCCUUGGCCCGCGUCGAUACAGACAACGGAUGGGAGCAGAGGUGUACGGACGGCACAAGCUGUAUGCGCUAUGCCAGAUGGUCCUGCUUGGACAACAAGAACCUCAGGCGGUACAUCCGCCUCUGUGACUACCAGGCAGCGUGUCGUCGCACGAUCGCGACCGCCAUCGAGCACGGAGAGAUGCUGAGCCCACGCUGCAUCCCUUGGUGGGCGGUCGAUCAAUACGCCCCUUCCGAAGAUCGCGUUGAUGCUCCCAGGGACGACACGCCAUACCCGUGUCUACGCUACAUCAAGAGGCUCCGGGAUGUUGUCUGGCCCGCGUACCACGAGCAUGACCUGUGGUACGGGUUUCGAAGCUUUCUCGAUCUUCCACUCCCGAAGGUCCAGGGCCCUCCGAACCGUCUCUGCAGUGGAUGCGAAUCCGCAUUCCGCGGUUGGGUCAUGGAGCAACAGCAGCGCUGGUGGGACCGAAUUCCGGAAGCCUUACGCCUUGGUGAUCGACUAGGAGCAUCGAGCGCAUAGGUUUUGACCACCGCAUCGGACAUGUACGUGCAGCGUACGCGAAUAGUAGCAAAGAUCAUUUGUACGUACAGCCACAAAUUUGUUUUAGGACUUCACAUCGACUUGCUGUAGGACUGCGA